AUGAAGUUCUCCGCUGUCCUCGCUGCCCUCUCGGCCUCCGCCGUCAUCGCCGCCCCCGGCGCCGAGUCCUCCCCCAACAACUUUGGCGCCAUCGAGAAGCGCGCCUCCUUCCCCAUCCCCGCCUCCAAGGGCAGCGUCACCUACAAGGCCGCUCAGUCCGUCAAGGGCACCUUUGAUGGUGGCAUGAAGACCUACGGCCGUGGCGUCAAGUGCACUGGCCAGGCCGAGGGUGGCAACAAGGACGCCGUCUUCCUCCUCGAGAACGGCGCCACCCUCAAGAACGUCAUCAUCGGUGCCGACCAGAUCGAGGGUGUCCACUGCAUGGGCUCCUGCACCAUCAACAACGUCUGGUGGACGGCCGUCUGCGAGGACGCUCUCACCCUCAAGGGUGACGGCAACGCCUCCAUCAUUGGCGGUGGUGCCCGCGGCGCCGAGGACAAGGUCAUCCAGCACAACGGUCUCGGCACCGUCACCAUUGACGGCUUCACCGUCGUCGACUUUGGCAAGCUCUACCGCUCCUGCGGUAACUGCAAGACCAUGGGCAAGCGCACCGUCGUUGUCAAGAACGUCAAGGCCUACAACGGCAAGAUGCUCACCGGCAUCAACUCCAACAAGGGUGACACCUCCACCAUCACCGGCACCUGCGCCACCUCCGUCAAGGAGAUCUGCACCGAGUUCCAGGGCACCACCCCCGGCCACGAGCCCAAGAAGACCAGAACCGGCUCUUCCACCGCCUGCAAGUACUCCACCCUCAAGGCCUGCUAA